UAUGGGCAGCAUUUAGCUGCUGCAGGGUCUAGCUAAGGAAACUCGUCAACAUCAUCAUCAUCAGAUUAAUUCCUUCUCAGUCAGUCUCCUUCAGGAUCUUCUGUAAAGAUGCCGACCACCAACAGAAUCAUCUCUGAAACCCAAAACUCAGAUAAAGAUUCUUCAGCAAAGAAAUCCAAAGCUGGAAACACACCUACAGCAAAGGUUCCCGACUACGAGCCAAAUAUUCCAGAACCAAAAUGUCGAGCUGAUCUUAUCAAACACUGGGUUAACCUGACUUUGGAUGACAGAACAGCCAAUAAGAUGCUGUGGAUCACUGAUGAUGGCGCUAAAGUCGCCCGUAUGACUGAUGACAUUACAUGUCCAGUAUUAGACAGACCAGAGCGAUACGAGUACACCCCACAGGUUCUCUGCAGAGAAGGUAUCGGGGGUUUCCGAGGCUACUGGGAGGUGCGGUCGUCUGGAUGGGUCGUGAUCGGAGUUGCGUUUGAACGAGCGGGACGGAGGAACAGCGAAGGGCCCUGCGGCUUCGGCGAGAACCACGAAUCCUGGGGCCUGGAGUGGAGCGGCUCUGGCUACCAAGUCUGGCACCAGGGCCAGAAGGAAGAGAUCAACGGGAUUCCCCAUCACGCCACCAUCGGUGUGUACGCUGACCAGCCUGCUGGCUUACUGAGCUUCUAUGCUGUUGAAGAGGAAGAGGAGGAAGAGGAAGGCGCAGUCAGAAAGGAGGUGAAACUUUUGCACCAGGUCAGGAGCUGCUUCCAGCAGAAGCUGCUGCCAGGAUUCUGGGUGGGGACAAACUCCUACUGCCUGAUCCUACAGAAGGAGGAGUAGAUCAGAAAAUCUAACAGGGAAUACAAAC